AUGUACUGGCCCAUUGGAACGCCGCGCAUUUUCGCUACGAGCAGCAAUCGCGCGUCCGGCUCCCGUCUGUUUGUCUCGUAUGAUGGCGUCUCCGGCCCAGACGAGCCCGCCGAGCCCGAGCCCGUGCAGGAGAACGGCGCAGAUGUCACUCCCCCGUGGACGCCUGCGACGCCCGCCAUCAAGUCGGUUGAGCUUGGAGACGAGCCGCCUGAACCUGCAACACAGGAUGAACAACAAACGAUACCUCUAAGGGAUCCGGUACUGGCGCUCCGCGUCUCGCGCUCCGGCAACAUGUUUGCUGUCAUCACCGCGACGUCGAUUACGCUGUGGCAGACCAAGCCCACGGUAGUUUUGGCCGUCGUUGUCCGAUCGCAAUCGUCCCUACAACUAUACGGCCGCAAUGUUGACCUCCUUCUCCGACCCGAUUCCGCAAUCCUCGUCGUGCGCACCAGCGAGGGCUACCUCAUCACCUAUUCAAUCGCAACCGAUGGCGAGUCGCGCGUGUACAAAUCGCACUUUCCAAAUUAUCACAACGUACAACGACGCCGACAGAGCCUAGUAGGCCCACAGACUGGCUUGCGGCCGGAGCAAUACUUAUGGGGUCCCGGGGAAGGCACAGGCGUUUUGGACGUCAGUGUACGCUUUCGCAUGGUGAUUAAAGUUGACGCCGGUAUUGAGUCUGCCCUGGCGCUGGAUGACGAAUUGAUUGUUGCCACCGCCAAGCCCGCUGCCGUACAAUGUAUCCGGUGGACGCCAGACAGCACAGGCAGCCAGACACGGACUGAGAUCCUGAGUCGCAUGGGCUGGGUCGGGAAGAAAGUGUGCAUAACAGAAAUGACCUACGACCGGCCAAUGAACUUGUCGACAUGGAUCACGAGCGACGGUCGAGUUUACGCCGUGCAACGACACAAAAACACCUCUGAAGACGACGAUCCCAAGAAAUUGUUCCAAGGUCAUUGCUUCCACACCCCCGAGGGAGACCGCGGGCAUGCGGUCCGUGCCGUAAUUAAUGCUCGCUUCUCACUGAUUGCUGUUGGCUGCAGCGACGGAACCGUCCAGGUAUAUUCGGUCAGGGACUAUUCCGGCAAUAUCACACUGUCACAUGGCCAAAUCAUUCCCGCCUCGACGUCAACGGCCGGCGCCCUCACAAGCCUUGGCUACUCUCCGGAUGGCUAUUGCCUGUUUGCUGGCUUUGAAAACGGAUGGGCAACGUGGAGCAUGUUUGGAAACCCUGGCAGCCACAGUUUUGGCGCUGAGCAGUCUACUGCGGAUGAGCCCUGGCUCUCGGGAGUAGACUGCGCGUCCUGGGUCGGCGGCGGCUCCGAGAUUCUCAUGAUUGGGCGUCAUAAUGAGGCCAUCUGGUCUCUGGAAAUGGCCAAGAGUGCAGUUACGGGCUGCUACAAUGAUGCCAACGUAUUCCGCACAGUCUUGCAAACAUCAACAGGCAUCAUGGUCUACCGUGGCUACGAUCUUCCGGACAUGACCUCGAUCUCGGCAGAACCAUUCCUAUGGCACACGGCGAGAAUUCCAGCUCCUUACCUACUACAUCAGUGGCCGAUCAAACAGGCUGUCAUUUCACCUGAUGGACGCUAUGUGGCAGUGGCGGGUCGCAAGGGCUUGGCCCAUUAUAGCGUCAACAGUGGCAGAUGGAAAACAUUCGCCAACGAGUCACAGGAGAAUGAGUUUCAGGUACGUGGUGGCAUGUGUUGGUAUCAGCACAUUCUUGUUGCUGCAGUUGAAGGCAACAAAUCAUAUGAAAUUCGCCUGUACUCGCGCGAAACGGCGCUGGAGUCUUCGCAAGCCCUCUACACACAAAAAAUUCCCGCUCCCGUAGUGCUGGUCACUACAUCGGGAGAGGAUUCUCUUCUUGUCUACACAUACGAAAACCUUUUAUAUCAUUUCAUAUUUACUCCGUGGUCCGAUUCGGUGCGCCUGGUCCAAGUUGGCCAGAUUGCAUUCCACGGCAUUGUCCGAUCCCCCGCUAGAGUGCGCGGUCUGAGCUGGAUCCUGCCCGAGAAUCAACUCGUGGACGGCGAUCCCUCGCAGGAUGUGGCCGUCGCUUCCGUCAUCUUCCUGGUGGACGGCAAACUAGUUCUGCUCAGCCCCUCGCUCAAUGACGAGGGCCAGCUCAAGUACGACAUGCGCAUCAUUGCACAAAAUGUUGAAUAUCAUGCCAGCAUGCGUGACCAGCCACUGCUCAAUGUGGAGCGCGACGAGACACAUGGAUCGCCUGCGCUGCGCGACUCGUUGUGGGUGUUUGACGGCAUGCAUGUAAAGGGCUGGGCCAGUAUUCAUGAUGUUCUCAAUGCGGCAUCAGACGGAACCAAAGAGCUACCAGCGCCGGUGUCGUUCCCAGUCGACUUUUACCCGCUGUCGAUGCUGCUGGAAAAGGGCAUCAUUCUCGGAGUCGAGUCGAACCUUGUACAACGGCGUGAUGUCAACUUUUCAUUUUUCCGAUUUACUAUUCGAACACAUCUGGUACUACCCGACGUCCUCCGUUUCUAUCUGCGCCAAGCCAUGACGGCAGAAGCUGUCACGCUGUCAGAGCAGUACCAGGACCUGGCGUACUUUUCACACGGUCUCGAGAUUCUCCUGCACCGUGUGCUCGAAGAAGAGUCCGAGGACUCGCCACCGCCCGAAGAGGCCGUGCUCCCGCGCGUGCUCUCGCUGCUCUCCUCGUCCAAGGACUACCUGGACGUGGUGCUGCAGUGCACGCGCAAGACCGAGGUGCGGCAGUGGAAGACGCUGUUUGCCUACCUGCCGCCGCCGCAGGAGCUGUUUGAGGAGUCGCUGCUGCGCGGCUCGGUCAAGACGGCGGGCGGCUACCUCAUGAUUCUCUACACAAUGGAGGAGCUCGGCCAGUCGACGGAGCAAAGCGUGCGCGUGCUGACGCGCGCUAUCCGCGAGGGCGACUGGGAGCUGUGCAAGGAGCUGGCGCGCUUCCUGGCCGCGCUCGACCUCACCGGCGACACGCUGCAGCAGGUCAUGAAGAUGGCGAAUCUGGCGGCGGCGGCGGCGGCGGGUCAAAACGGCGACCGAGUCGGCUCCUCGCGGCUUGAGAUUCCGUCUGGUUUGGGCCGAUCGCGCAUACCCAGCGAAGGGACGGAGUCGUCGGAUACGAGAUCCGUGAGCGAGGGAAGCAUGGGCUCGACAAUCAGCCCAAUCGCGAGCCCAUAG